AUGCGGCUUCUCCCUGCACCUAUCUGCAGGCUCUACACGCCAUCUUAUAAUUUCAUACUCACUGGUUGCUCUGUCGAAGUUCUCAUCGUCGAUGUUCAUGCUUCAGUGGAACUUUCGCAACGGUUUUCCAACCCCACAGGGUACACCCUCAAUGCGACGUAUGCGUUUGGAUUAAUGGCAGGCGCUGCGAUGUGUGGAUUCGAGAUGGUCAGGAAGGAUGGGACACGAGUCGAGGGUCGUGUCCGAAGUAAGGAAGAGGCGGACAAAGAGUUUCGCCAAGCCAAGCGGGAAGGUAAAACCGCUGCCCUUGGUCGGGAGGAAACGCAUGAUGUCUUUUCCAUCAGCGUCGGGAACAUUCAGCCAUUCGAAACAGUCACUAUCAAUCUUCGGUUUAUUCAAGCUCUCACUGACGACGAAAACCAUGAUGAAGUCAAGUUUAUCUUUCCUCGUACAUAUGCUCAACGAUACGGGGUUGCACCUACCGUGCCUUCUGCUGCUCGUGAAACUGAAACAGCAAUCCAGCCUUUUGAUAUGAAAGUUGCCGUGCAGCAGGCUGGUCUUAUCAAGAGUAUCUCCUGCCCUUCAGGUCACCCCAUUUCUUUCAAGAUAAAAUCUGCAGAAGCUACGUCGGCAGAAGUCACCUUGAAAGAUACCAGCGGCUUCCUCACGCAGGAUGUCAUACUCGUUGUCUCCGCGGCCAAUCUGGAUAACCCGCGUUGCUUCAUUGAGGCAUAUCCUUCGUCACCUAAACACAACACGACAGCCAUGGCGUUGACUUUUGUACCACGGUUCGAGGUCCCCGACGUGUCGCAGGGUAUGGAAUAUAUUUUCAUGAUUGACCGUAGUGGGAGUAUGUACGGGAGGAACAUUCAACUCGUAAAAGAUGCGUUAGUGGUACUACUGCGCAGCCUCCCCACCAAGGACACUACGUUCAAUUUGGUUUCGUUCGGUUCUCGUGCGACUACGCUUUGGCGUCACAGUAGGGAAUAUACCCAAUCAACGGUAGAUGAAGCUACUAAUCAUGUCGACUCCUUGCAAGCAGAUUACGGCGGAACAGAGAUCCCCACCGCCUUACGAACCGUGUUUACCUCCCUCCAAAAACCUCUUCGUAAACCUGUUGCGGUUUUCCUCUUGACGGACGGCAGCUCCUGGGACAUCUCUGCAUGUGUCUCUGUUAUUACCGAUGCACUUCGCGAUCUGCCCGGACCACUACCACAGUCUGAUGAUCCGAAUGCUCAAUCGUUCAUCAGGGUUUUUACACUGGGUAUUGGUGCCGGUGCGUCGUCGGAUAUGUGUGAGAGUAUUGCUAGGGCUGGUGAAGGAGUAGCGGUGUAUGCACAGGAGGGGGAAGAGAUGGUAGGCAAGUGUGCUAGACUCGUGAGUGCCGCGCGGACACCGCCGAUCAGCAUCGAAGUUGAAUGGAUGGGAGUGAGAGAGUCUGACGAGACCAGCGAGUACCAGAAGGAACCAGACAAGAUUGCGUCUGUGGGCCAUGAGAAUGACACAUCUGCAGAGAAAGAUAAAGAUACAGAAGAUGAUGACGAUGCAAAGACUUUGAGGAACGAACCUUCAUCUUCAUCUUCAUCAUCUCCAGUCAAUCUCUUCAAUCCGUUCAUCACCAAUCUCUCCAGAGAAACUGGUCCUUCUACAAAAGCAAAACUCAAUCCUAAACUUCCACCUCCUCCUACAAUACAACAAGCUCCCCUCGUAGUGCCAACGAUCUUUCCCGGAACACGAACAUGCAUCUAUGCGAUCAUCAAGAGCGGUUCCGCCUCGUUUCUCAAUCUCAAGCACAGCGACGAUCCUCUCCCAACAUAUGUCAAGGUGUGGGGUACCGUAAAGGUUACUGGAAGACGGGUUGAAUUGAAGGUUCCAAUUACCAGGCUUCUGCAGCCUCAGCCUUCCCAAUCUUCCCCAUCUUCCACAUCUUCGAAAUUAUAUUCCAGUUUAUCCUCGUUAUUGACUUCACCCCCUCCCCUCACUAAACCAAAACCUUUUCUUCACAUCCUCGCAGCCAAAGCUCUCAUCACCGACCGCCAAGAAGGAAAGCACGCGUUCCCUUCCUCUAUCGCAGAAUCCAACUCCUUCAAACUCGACGCUGAAGUCAGACGGUCAUACAUCAAGAAAGACAUCAUUCGACUUGGUACGACGUAUAGACUUACAAGCGAACAUACGAGUUUCAUCGCUGUAGACGAUAGAGAGCACAUGGUUUCGGUUUCGCAGAAUUAUCAUGCACGGGAGCGGUCUUCUACGCAGAACUCUGCUCGCACUUCAUAUCAAUAUCUCACUGGGAGCUUCACAGACUCUUACGACCCGAUGACUGAAGAUAUAUCAUCACAUCCUGAUGAGUAUCCGUAUAUCCAGGAAGAGUAUGGGACUCGAGGAGGUUCAUCUCAUUACAACCCAAAUACUGGGAUUAUGCAUCCGCCAUCACCACAGCUUGGAUCUGAUCAUUCACCUGUGACGAGCAGUUCACUUCCUCCAACUCCUGCUUCAAAGAAUAAACUACAAGGGUGGUUCGGCAAGCGGCAAUCUGUGGACGGGAUAAGAAGGCCAAAUAUGAAGGCCGGUGCCUCGUUCUUCAAGCGUAUGUCACUUUCUAUAUCCAUGCCUUCGAAUACUUCGGAUAUCAGUAAUUCGGAAACCACCUCCAAGACUGCGACACCAACGUUUUCCCCGCUCGUUUUGAGAACUGUUGUUGCACCGUCUGGCCAAAAUUCUUCAACCACCACUACUCCCUCGACGACAGUAGACACGUCGUUGAUGUCAUCUGGAGAACGAUUAGCUUCAAUCGCACGUCUGCAACGCUUCGACGGAGGGUUUGCCUGGAGCACAACUAUUUUUUCGGUGCUUCAACUUAGUUUCAAUGAUCUUGAUAACAUGAAGAGGCAGCUAAGUGAACAAAAUAUCACUGCCGAUAUUGCUGCGACGGUGCUUGCAUGGGUGUGGUUAGAGAGAAAUGGAGGGUAUGAGGCGACCGAAAUGGCGAAGAAGGCAGGAGAAUGGGUAGGAAUUCAACUUGGUACACAGGAGAACGAAGAAUUAAAGAAUAAGGUGUUGGCUGUUAUACCAUUAUCUUGA